UCACAAUAGUGACGUUGAAUAUUUUUAGUGGUUGUGAGUGUGAGGUGACAGUAGUAGGUAAAAAGUAAAAAUCCAGUGUUAUGUAUAUGAUAGAAUCCGUUUUUGGAUGAAUAAAAAUAACAUUUGGAAUAUUGGUGAUCUGAUUAAAAGGAUUCAAUUUUAUUGUGACACUUUGAAAUUAUCUCGUAAUGGAAACAACAUCCAAUCCAAUUAAUGAUACUCCAGAAUUAGAAGAGCUUGAAAAGCUAAUCGGAUGUUCUCAUUAUCGUAGGAAAUCCAAAUUUGUGACUCCUUGCUGCAAAAAAGUUUAUACUUGUAGAUUUUGCCAUGAUGAAAAUGAGGAUCAUGUUCUGAAUAGAAAAGAAGUUGUUGAAUUGGAGUGUGCUCUCUGUGGUAAUAGACAAGAAGUGAAGAAAACUUGUGAUAAAUGUGGAGCUAUGUUUGGAAGU